CCCCCAUGCAUACAAGCAAAGAUAAAAAGCCAGUCAUCAUAACCACCAAAAGCCCCCUCUCCCUUGCCAUUUCCCUCUUUCUAAAGUACUCGAAACAAAUUAAAGAGGGUUUCAAACACAGAGGGGCUACAUACCUUCGUGCUCUUAGCUAUGAAAGUUCCAGCUCCCUCACCACAAAACAGCAGCAGCAGCAACAACCAGUCUCAAAACCCGAAACCAGUUUCUUGCAACAACACCAACAACAACAGCAGGAACAUCAGCUUUAACCCCAACAAUCGAAACUCGUGCUACGAACCCACUUCGGUUCUUGACUUGCGUAGAAGUCCAAGUCCUGCACGAGCUGGCAAACCGGCCUCUGUAACCGAUCCUAUCGGGUGGGAAGAUCAUGUCUUGCAAACUUUGGAUUGGGAUUCUAUUAUGAGAGAGUUGGACUUCCAUGAUGAUUCUGCUCCUGCUCUCAUCAAUAAUUUUCCACAAUUCGGUCCUUGCAGUGAGCCUCAAAUCCAUAGUCAUAACCUUCCUGAGUUCACUGCAUCUCAACAGAUUGACGCUACUCAGUUUCUUAACUCUGAGUUUAAUGAUAUGUACAUUAAUUCUAUCACAACUCACAAUUUGACUUCUCUUGAUUUGUCGCAUAGUUUUCAUAACAAUAUUGGAAAUUGGAAUGCUGGUUCUGAUUUCAUUCGAGAGCUUAUCAAAGCAGCAGACUGUUUUGACUCAAACGAGCUACAACUUGCGCAAGUGAUAUUGGAACGGCUCAGUCAUCGCCUUCAAUCACCAAACGGUAAACCUCUCCAAAGAGCCGCUUUUUUCUUCAAAGAAGCUCUCCAGUGUCUCCUUACAAGUGGAUCAACACGGCCACAAACUAAUCCUGUAUUCCCUUCAUGGUCCAAUACUGUCCAAACUAUUAAGGCUUACAAGGACUUCUUUAGCAUCUCUCCAAUCCCCAUGUUCACUGACUUCACCACCAACCAAGCUAUUCUUGAUUCCCUUAAUGGAAAUUCAGUGUUUCUUCAUGUCAUAGAUUUUGAUAUUGGAUUUGGUUGCCACUAUGCUUCUUUGAUGAGAGAACUUGUAGACAAAGCAGACUCAUGCAAUAAGAUCACAACUCCGCUUCUUCGAAUCACUGCGGUUGUAACAGAAGAUACUGUGACCGAGACCAAAUUGAUCAAAGAAAGACUCUCACAAUUCGCCUAUGAACUCAAGAUCAGAUUCCAUGUCGAGUUUGUGCUUUUCCCUACCUUUGAAAUGUUGUCUUUCAAAGCAAUCAAGUUUGUUGAAGGAGAGAAAAUUGCUGUUCUCUUAUCCCCAACAAUAUUUCGCCAUCUUGGUUCAACAAAUAAGGUUACUAUGUUUGUUAAUGAUUUCCGCCGCGUUUCGCCAAGUGUGGUCAUAUUUGUGGACAGUGAAGGGUGGACAGAAUCUGGAGCUAGAUUGUCAUUCAGGAGGAACUUCGUCAAUUGUCUUGAAUUUUAUUCAAUGAUGUUUGAGUCCCUGGAUGCGGCCGUGAUUACAGCUGGUGACGAUUGGGCGAGGAAAAUUGAGAUGUGCCUGCUGAAACCGAAGAUUUUGGCGGCAGUUGAGGGGUGCGGAGGGCGAAUGUUGUCUCCAUGGAGGGAGGUAUUUGCUGGGGCAGGAAUGAGGCCGGUGCAGUUGAGUCAGUUUGCUGAUUUUCAAGCUGAGUGUUUGCUGAGAAAGGUGCAAGUGAGAGGUUUCUAUGUGGCAAAACGGCAGGCUGAGUUGGUUCUUUGCUGGCAUGAUAGGCCACUUAUUGCUACAUCCGCUUGGAAGCAAAAUGAUAUCUUGUUAUCUUAGAAGUUAAUUAGGUUGUUUUUGGGAUGUAAUGACGAAUCUAAUUACCUUUUUACAUUCGGCAGUUAUCAGUUGGUGUCUUGCUAGAAAGAAAGAAAGGGGGCUGAGCAUCUGUUGUCACUCUAUGUCUCUCUUUCGUGUAACCUGCACAGAACUUUUGCCUGUUAUCAAAAGAUUUGGGGAAAUAUAAAUUAAGAAGGAUAAUAACCCUAAUUAGGGAACCAUAA